AGCUAUCCCACCAUUUACUGUAACGUCAGCCGCUACGCACAGCUUCAUUCUCUUCAUUCCCGAUACCUAACAGACAGGCACAGCAAGCCAUGGCGGCGGCUACAGCCCCCCCCCCGAAUCAAAUGAUCCUGUAUCGAAUGGAGCACUUGAUCUCGCGCCAAGCGUGGGUGCAGAACAAACUGCGCAGCGUGUGCGUGUUAUGCGCCAAGCGGUUCUUCCUUGGCGGAAAGCACCAUUGCCGACGGUGCGGCGAAGUGUUUUGCAGCGACUGCACGCGCUUCGAAGCUACGGAGCUACCGGCCAUCGGUCGCACCAAAGUUCGCGUGUGCAAGAUGUGCUUUGCCAGGGACCUCCAAGACCAGUCGUUGCUGGUUUUGUCCAGGUCGAGUUCGGAAGACGAAGAGGCCGAAGCCGAGCUCAUCCGAAAGACGGAAAUGAUGCUGUUCAGCCCCAACCAACAGGUCUUGGUGCGAGCCAACGUGAAGGCUGAAAAGUCGCUUCUCGACGACUGCGACGCCCGCACGACCGCCGACUCGGACAUUUCACUGGAGUGCCAUAAAAGUAGUAGUAACGUUAGUAGUAGUAGCAGCGCGCCAUCGCCCGUGUGGCGGCAUCCGCCCAAACGAAGGGACCACCACUACGAUGUUUGAAUAACUAUGAAUACCCGAGUCCAUCAGGAGGCUCUACUAUGUUGC